UCAAAUGUUGGCGUACUGAAGAACAGUUGUAUUUGUUAUUGGCGUGAUAAGUGGUGUUCUGUACUGUCUGCAGUGUUUAGCUAAGUGAGGGUAGAGUGGGAAGUUUGUAUUGGUAUCUCGUUUGAAGUUAGUAUCAGCAAUGAAGACUUUGUUUUUGUAUUCCGUACACCUUUUAAUGUUUUGUGCGUGUACUUGUAUUUUUGGUAUACCCCAACCCCGUCAGCGUCCUGAUGGUUUAAAUAAUGUUGAGAACAUAUUUAAAAAAUGCCAGGAAGUGUGUGCUGACAUAACAAAAAACAGUUUUUUGGAGCAAGACACCCUAUUAUGUUUCGGUCUGAAAGUGUUUUCUCAGCAGUUUCCUGGCGGGGUAACGGAAAGUGAAGUCUUUGAAGAAGUCCAAAAGCAAUCCGAUACAGAUGUUUGUGAACAUUUUCAAGAAAUGAUGUUGAAUUCCCCGCUGGGAAAUAUGAAUAAUAGUGUAGUAAUAUACAAUCAGCAAUUUCGCGAUAAGAACACAUGUGAACGAGCUUGUCUGGAUAUUAUGGAGCAUGUUAAUCCUAUCUGCAGAAUUUUAUUAGCGUUAGGUCUUCAUUCCAAAGGAAAUCGUAUUGGAAGUGGUGUUCAAACUCCUUCAACUACACUAGCUGGUCAAAAAGCAGAUAACGGUGAUGAUGGAGUCUCUGAGCAGUCAAGAAAUGUUGUGGGACAGGUUUCCAAUAGAAUUCCUGAUGAACAGAAACCGAAAGCCAGUGGUAAAGGUGUUGUAACUGAUGAAGAAAAGGCACAGGCAUCUAAAGAACCUCCAGUACAAAUGACAGAAAGUAACCACCAGGAACAAACGUCUCAGGGAAUAAAUUUGACGCCAGCAGUUGAUGUAGGUAAACGGGCUGGACUGACACAACAGGAAAACAUAACAGGACCUGGCUCAGUUAAUGAGAAGCCAAAGGUGCCUAGUGGACAAAAGAUGCCAGUUGCAGGUAGAGCGAAGGAUGAAUCUUCAAGUGGAACACAGGAGGGGAAUAAUCUUACCACUACAAACAUGAAUAUUGUCAGUGAUGCAUUGAAGAAAGCUGAAAACUCGAAGGACGACUCAAAUAAAACUAGUGAGUUAGUAACUGAAAAUGAAAACCAGGGAAAGCCGGACGCACUAUCUGGGGAAAAGAAACCAGAUCAUUCUUCAGUUGCAUUGCCCGAGAGUUCUGGUGAUAAAAAUGACCAGGUUACUGCAACAGGGCCUAACUUACAAGAAAAGAUCAGUACCAUUGAAAAUAGAUUAACAUCCAAGAAAGUAGAUACAGGCCAUCAGAAAGGGGAAAGUAUUUCCCAGGUGCCAAAUGUCGAGGAAGACAAAGGUGUUGUUGAUGGCAAAAAGUCACAAGCUGAGAAUAAAGGAACAGAAAGUCCCCCACAGGACGAGGCAGAGAUACAAAUUAGUAGCAUAACUGAAAUAGUGCCAAAGAGCAAUAUUGAUGAGCAAACAACCAGUCAGAAUAAUGGAAAAGCAUAUAAAAAUGAAAAUUCUCAAACUGCACAACAGUCGGGCAGAGAUGGUACACAGAAGGCAGUCAGCGAGGAAAUGCAGUUCACAGAGAAUACAGGAGCUGGUGUACAAGAACAAGACACGCACAAUCCAGAAGAUGGUGAGUCAAAUGACAACACAGGGUACCCUAGUGGUGGAGGAACAGCUUUAGAUUAUGGUACACCUGAUUCUGAUGCCUUUGAUGUAGAUAAAAAUAAUAUGGGUGCUGGAACAGCAGUGAUUCGUGGGAAAUAUGAUGAUGAUUCCCAUUUCUUUGCUUACUUCAUGACAACAAUGGUUUUCUGUAUCAUAGGGUACUUAUUGUUCCACAAUAAACAGAAGAUAUUGGCUCUUGCACUGGAAGGACGUUCCAGGCGUGGCAGGAGACGACCUAAUACGUCAGGAUAUCGAAAACUGGACAGCAACUUGGAAGAAGCUAUCUCAUCGUCAAAGAGUGCCUCAGUCACACAAGUUAUAUAUUGAAUGUUCCUGCCCAUUUUAUUUGUAAUUAUGUUGCUGUGAAAGAACAGGCAAGCAACCGAAGAUGACAGUGCAUUUCUGUGAUCUUAUGAAUAAGAGGAACUUCUAGAAUCCUAAAAGGAAAUAUUCAAGUGAUCCUUAAAGGCAUUGUUGGACUUGAGCAGUGUGUGUGUGUGUGUGUGUGUGUGUGUGUGUGUGUGUGUGUGUGUGUCAACUGUUUUCUACAUGAAAGUUUUUUAACUGACCAAGUAAUAAAGGUGGUGGAGUGCGGCAAGAGAUAUUUUGACAGCUACUGAAACAUGGAAUUUUGUUGCAAAUUGUGUAUGUCACCCUCUCAAGGCUAAACAAAUAAAUUUGAAUAACUGAA